CAAUGUUAAGUAAAGCUCACUUCUUAGAGCUUUUUCUGUUGUGAAAUUUACCGGGUAUCGUAUCAUCAGUGUAUAAAAAGAAUUGUAUGUUUUGGAACAACUAGAUAGUCACCUGAUACCAAGCCUUGGGAAAAUGGUUCUGGUAAAGACAGUUUUAACCGACAACAACUCCAUUCGAUGGCUGUUGUGGAUACCGGAAAUGGAUAGGAUAUCACCGCCGGAGAAGUUUACGUUUGAUGGGCCACAGGUGGUGGCGUUUCACUUUGUUAAAAACCGACACGGAGACGAUCUUAACAAAUGGGUUAAGCUGCUUGAUGAGCUGGCACAGGAGUACGCUGGCCGGAUUUUGUUUGGCCUACGGGAUAUUUCCAGCAUCGGGGAGUUUAAUUCAAACCUUAAUCCAGAUGACUUUGGUACCUAUCGUAAGGGAUUGCCUCCACGGAUCUACGGCAAGGAUUGCGAGGGACGAGUCUACGAUAUGCACAAGCUGGUCAGCGCCAAGUAUCUGAGGGAGUUUUGCGAUCAGCUGCUGGAGGAUCAGCUCUUUCGCGCCGUAGUUCUGGGCCCCACUCCCUCGCAGGAUUCCAGUCCGAGGAACUACUUUGAACUGCGGGAGGAGAGCAGCAGCGAUAUGCUGGUGAUGCUCUAUGAUCCUGCCUGCUACUACUGGCCCUUCCAGAAGAGGAAGCUGCACAAACUGGUCCGUCUGCUUUCCAGCGAGGAUCUGCCCAUUGUAAUCGUGGACAAGGCUAGCAACUACCUGGGCGUGGGCUUCACCCGCUGGCUGCAGAUGGUCAAUUGCCAUGGCUCCACCAUCUUCUGCUCGCCACGUCGCGAUGGCUGGGAAAUUAAGUUGUCAGUGCGACAUGAGAGCACACGUGGCUAUCUGCGAUACAUUGCCCGGAACAGGCAACCGGAACUGAUUGACUUCGAUGCCGAUGGAGAGCAAAGAGCUCCAGAGGAGUCCCUCGAGUACAUCAAAUAUUUGUUUUAGAUCUCAGCGCUCAAUUAUGAACCUGUCGAUAACGUACAAAGCUCAGAAACGUUCGAAGACCCCCAAAAUGUAUCACCAGAAGUGUCCAACUCAAGACGCACAGUUCGGUUUAAAGAUAAGAG